GCUCGUAAUUGUAUCUUUUACCCGCGUCCUCUCACGGCGACCCGACUGUCGAUAGCAUUUCUGUCCUCUGCGCCUUGUCUGCCUUUCUUCCUUCCUGUCUUCUGCAUCUUUUUCCCAUUUCCCAGUCACCCCGUUGGCCCUACGAAAUCCAGGUGACCAUGUCCUCCAAAACUAAGUCCAAGGAGCCCUUCUGGCUCGGGUACGUUGCCUCUGGGGUUUCCUUCAUCUCUUCUGCUCGAUUUGGCUUUUCUAGAUCCAGAGACUCCAUGUUCAGGGCCAUGUACCGCUUCGCAGCCCGAGACGGAAUCCAUUCGUUAUGGUCCGGCCUCUCUGCUUCCAUCCUCCGACAAUCGACAUACUCCACCGCCCGCUUCGGUCUCUACAACAUCGUCGCCCAGAAGGCGAGACAGCACACAGGCCAGGACAAGCUUUCCGCGGCAUGGACCAUUACCUGCGCCGGUGUCGCUGGCGGCUUCGCCGGUCUCGUGGGGAACCCAACCGAGGUCGUCCUCGUAAGGAUGUGUGCCGACGGGGCGAAACCGGCAGCCGAGAGGUUCGCCUACCCAAAUGCUCUCAUCGGCCUGUACCGCGUCGGGAGGGACGAGGGGGUGUCUGCUUUUGCGAGGGGGUUGUCGGCCAACAUUGUGCGGAGCCUUCUGAUGAGUAAAUACUCGGCGGCAAAGCAGUACCUCAUCUCCGGAGCAGGUCUAAAAGACGAUGUGCGGACACACUUUCUCUCCUCCCUCGUCGCUGGGACGGUUGCCACCACCAUAUGCGCCCCGGCCGACGUGCUGAAGAGUAGGAUCCAAAGCGCAUCGGCAGCUCUCGGCAGUCGGAGCUCGAUCAUCCAAAUCAUCCGAACAAGCCUCAGGGAGGAAGGUCCCCGGUUCCUCAUGAAGGGUUGGACGCCUGCCUGGCUCAGAUUGACACCGCACACGGUUUUGACCUUUGUCUUUAUGGAACAACUCCGUACACUGACCCAGUUGAGUUUGGUCGUGCCAAAGGAGACCAUCAAAGUCUAG